AAAAAAAAAAAAAAGAUGGGCGACUCAUCCCUAAGAUCAUCAAGCACGUUCCGUUAUUAUUCGUUACAAGCUGCCAUAGCUCAUAUAUAUGCAACUUCUCGUCGCUAUAUUUCCUCGCUUCUGUUCUCUUCUUCGAGUUUUGGACCAGGCUAUGCGCCACGUCCUGGUGACAGCGAGAUCUCUAUACCAUGGAUUUCAAAAACUUUGAUCGCCGACGGAACGAUCCCCAGGACUGCUAGGAUAUUAAGUGUGGAGUGCAAAGGACUGGAUGGGAAUCGUGGCUUGGUUGGCGCCAUGAACCGUGUCUUGGUCAGCUAUAUCCCAGAUUCUUCCAAAUCAACAGAAGCGGCUCCAAAGGAACUACACUUGAUCCUCAAGAGGAGUAGAGAUGGAUACAAGGAUAGGCUGGGCAACAUCCUCUCUGGUCAGACCCGGGAAGCCAUAUUCUACUCUUCUGAUCUGGCCAAGGAAUUAGUACCCAAGACUUUAUUGCCUAAAAUUUACUAUGCCUAUGGAUCACAAUGGCUGGGGGAGUAUGUAAUCUUGAUGGAGGAUGUCAAGCAGCGUCACGGAUCACCAGGCCCUGUGGAUGUGAACUUUGUGUUUGGUAACCAGAUCUGGGGGAUACCGCCGACAAUCGAUCGCUCUUCCCUUCCUUCAGCACCUGCAAUGUUGGAACACAUGUUCCUCACCGCAGCUGAGACCCAUGCUCAACACUGGAACGACAGGCGUCUGCUUGAACUGACUUGGCUCAAAACUGCGGGGUGGUACCAUGGUCUGAAUCGGAUACAAUGGGAAUGGAGUGUGCAGGCGGGUGCUCAAGCGUGGGAAAUGGGCAAAGCCAAAGCCACAAAGGGAGAUUUUCCUGUGAAGUAUUCUGAAAAGUUUGUCAAGAUCUUGGACGAGGCAUUUGAACGGGCCUCGUGGGACAAAUUACAACAAAGACUUCAGGAUAAAUCUGUCCCAUUCACCUUGGCUCAUGGGGAUUUUCAUGCCGCCAACAUGAUCCUAGACAGGUCUGUUCCAUCAUCAUCCAGUAUCACACUCUAUGACUGGUCUGAAGUCGGUGUAUGGGAGCCGACCACAGAUCUGGGACAGACGGUGAUCUCAGAUAUGGCUAUACCGAUCUUCCAGGAGCAUGCCCGACCUGCGCUGAAAAAGUACUGGGAGCGGCUUGUUCAGCUGGGAGUCGUCAAACCUACAGAAUAUACAUUCGAAACGUGUUGGAGGUCAUUCCUGAGAGGAGGGAUUGAAAAGUGGCUUUGGAUGUUUGGAAUCCUCUCGAGCUACCCGGGUCUGCCAGCUCCUGGCGUACAAUAUUUCCAUGACCAACUUUUGGCGUUCAUUGAAAUGGCAGAAAAGGAGGGUGUUACUUUUGAAAUUACAACCGUUCUUUGGUUUGCGCCACCAAGUAAAUCUUAGAAGACUGAUGACAAUAAUGCAGUACAC